CUAAAAAGUAAAAAGGCAAAAUGGACGCAGUUGACUCGAGCCGGUCUCAGGAGGAUGGCUUGGGCUAUGUACACAUCCAGGAUAUUCCAGCGCUGAAUCAGGAGCACUGCAAAAUGCGUGAUCCGCAGCGCGUGGAGCGCAUCAUCAACGAGUUUGUCUGCGGCGGUCCGGAGCGCAUGCAACUGGUUUCCGACUUCGACUAUACCAUUACCAAGCAACGCACUGACGACGGGCUGCCGGUGCUCUCGAGCUUUGGCAUCUUUAAUGAAUGCAAAUCCUUGCCAGCAGUCUUCAAGACGGAGACUGACAAGCUCUUCCACAAAUAUCGGCCCAUCGAGAUCGAUCCACAUAUGCCCAAGGCGGAGAAGAUUCAGUACAUGAUUGAGUGGUGGACAAAAUCGGGCGAGCUGACCAGCGGCUUCCCCUUUGAUCAGUCCGAAAUAGAUCAGAUGGCCAGCAAAUUUAAGCAUGCGCUACGUGACCGAACGCAUGAGCUGUUCGAGACGCUGCUGCGCCUGCAAAUACCUGUGCUGGUCUUCUCCGCCGGCCUGGGCAACUCGGUGGUGUCGGUGCUGCGACAGGCGAACAUCAUGUAUCCCAAUGUGAAAGUUAUCUCAAACUUUUUGCAGUACCGCGACGGUCUGUUGGCCGGCUUCCAGGAGCCGAUGAUACACACAUUCAACAAGAACGAAACCGUGCUAAAUGGCAGCGAGUAUUAUGAUUUGGUCCAUACACGCGAUCACAUCAUUGUCAUGGGCGAUUCCCUGGGCGACGCGGACAUGGCUGCCGGUGUGCCCGCCUCCUCGCACAUUAUGAAAAUUGGUUUUCUCUUCGAUCACGUCGAGGCGAACAUGGAUAAAUAUAUGAACACGUUCGACAUUGUGCUAGUCGAUGAUCAAACAAUGGAUGUGCCACGAGCGCUGCUCGCGCUCAUCGAGCAACGUCAUCAGCUGCGCCAUCCACACCUAGCGAACGGAUCCAGUGCUCCGCCUAUGCUGAACGCUGCACUUUAAAAUUGUUUAUUGGAAAACAGCAGCUACUAACUAGUUAGCUUUAGUUUUAAAACCUCCCUCAUGUUUCACAUAUUUAUGUACAUAUGUUUGUAUAUCAUAAUAAAAUGAUAUUUGUUUAGAAAUGAGCGUUUAACGACAAAAA